AAAUCGGAAAACCCAAAGCCCAGAUCAUUGUCUGAUCGCUAUCGAGUUUCCCUCUUUCCAAUUCCUUUGCAAUCUUCAGGAACACAGGAAUUCUAUUCCCUUCUCCUUGUUCCAGUUUGUAGAUAUCAGCCAAGAAUUCGGAGACAAAUGAUUAAACCCAAGAACUUCCUUCAGAAUCUGAUCAAAAUUUUCAAGUUUGGUUCAGGGAAAGGAGAAAGAAUGAAGAGGACUUGCAGAAAGUAGCUGAAGACUUGCAGAAAAUAGCUGAACGGGAACAAAAGCACUUUCCUUUUGAGACUUUAGUUGCUGCAACCAAGGAUUUCCACUCUACUCACAAGUUUGGUCAAGGAGGUUUUGGACCGGUGUUCAAGGGGAGGUUGAGUGAUGGGAGAGAAAUUGCUGUUAAGAGGCUAUCUCAGACCUCAAAUCAGGGGAAGAAAGAGUUCCAGAAUGAGGCUAAGUUGCUAGCAUGUGUGCAACACCAAAAUGUUGUCAACUUGUUGGGGUAUUCUGUGCAUGGCACCAAGAAGCUAUUGGUUUAUGAGUAUGUUUCUAAUGAAAGUCUAGACAAGCUCCUCUUCAUCUUUGUGUAGAACCCAAUAGAAGAGAAGAGCUUGACUGGAAGAGGAGGUUCGACAUAAUAUGUGGCAUUGCUCGGGGAUUGCUUUACCUUCAUGAUGACUCACAUUAUCGCAUCAUCCACCGAGAUAUCAAGGCCAGCAACAUUUUACUGGACAAAAAGUGGAUCCCUAAAAUUGCUGAUUUUGGCAUGGCCUGCCUCUUCCCUGAGGAUCAGACACAUGUCAACACCCGGGUAGCUGGUACCAGGUAUGUUCUUUGACAUAGUUUAAAUUCAUGUGACCUUUCUGUAAUCCAGUUCCUCCUCACAUUGUAUCAAAGGUGAUGACUUCUUUUUACUAGUAUAUAACGGUGGAUAUAUGGCACCAGAGUAUUUCAUGAAUGGUCAGUUAUCUGUGAAGGCAGACGUGUUCAGCUUUGGGGUUUUGGUUCUGGAGGUGAUUAGCGGCCAGAGAAACUCGACCUUCAGUUCGCAUUCUGAAUCACAAAGUCUACUGGAGUGGGCAUAUAAGCUCUACAAAAAAGGAAGGAGCUUGGAAAUGAUGGACUCUGCUAUAGCAGCAUCAGCAGUCCUGGAGCAAGUAGCUAUGUGCAUCCAAAUAGGAUUGCUGUGCACCCAAGGCGAUCCCCAAUUACGACCCACAAUGCGACGUAUAGUUGUGGUGCUAUCAACGAAACCUGGCAAUUUAGAAGAGCCAACCAGGCCUUGGGUUCCAGGCUCGCGAUAUAGGAGAUCCCGCAGACCUCCUGGAACGUCAUCCACUCCAGGAUCUUCCACUGCAGGCUCUUCUGGUGAUCCAAGACUUCCAUUUCUUAUCUUCUUCUUAAUUAUUUUAUCAUUAUUAUUUUUAAUUACAUAUAAUGUAUUAAAUUAAAGAAAGAGGAAUAAAAACUGGUUUUUAUU